AUGAAGACGGAAAUAUCACUGCCACUGGCCAUUUUCUUUAGCGAUAAUGGUAAUGGAUCAUGGGUGGUAAGCAAUGCAACAUGGCCGUCGGACCCCUCAUACUUUGCGCAUUCUUUCUCGGAUGGGCCCGUGUGGAACGAACACGUUGCGAACGCCCUUCAUCUUGAGCUUGUCAACAUCGCGACUGGCGGAGCUACCACAAACAAUGGCUUCGUUCAAGGACGUACAGGGCCCGAGUCGGAAAUCCCGGUGCCCUCCACGGCUGAACAAAUUGCGUCGUUCUUGUCGUGGGACGUGCCUAGACCUGGAGAUGUGUUUGUUCACUGGUCCGGCGUCAACGAGAUUCUUUUCAACCCCAAUGUCACUGGUUCACAGACGACCAGCUGGAUCAACGAAAAUAUUGAGACGUUGUAUCGUGCUGGGGCUAGAAACAUUGUUCUGGGCAACUACAACGACAUCGAGACAUUUCCAGGGACGUACAAUGCCUCUGGCUACCAGAGUGAUAAUGUUAAGUCCUAUAUGGACGAUCUCAGCAUUGGGCUUAGGAACAUUGUGGGUGCAUACUCUGCUUAUGCGAACACGGCGUUGGUUGAGGCACAAACGUUGUUCCGCAAUAUUGCAGCCAACCCUGAAGAGUACGGGAUUGAUGAAAAGUAUAACGCCACCUAUUCUUCGAUUCCUACCAUCCAGUAA